AUGACUACGAAUUAUUCCAAUCCAAUACUUGAAGACCGAAUCGGCCAAUUCUUAUGCGAUGAGAAUAAUUUAUUAAUAAAAUUAGACAACCAUAAACUAACUGAUCAAGACAUGACUAUUGUUGUUGAACAAGCGAUUCAGAAGAAACAAUGCACUUAUCUUGACUUACAGGACAACGAAAUUACCUCGGAAGGUAUGUCAAUUUUAGCUUUGGCAUUGAGUGAAAAUUCAAAAUUGCAUACGCUAUAUCUGCAUGGUAAUCAUUUAUUCGAUAAGGGCAUAUAUUCUCUGGCGCAAAUACUCACAUCAAGUAAUCAUACUCUCAAAAUACUUGGUCUUAACUCGAUUGGUCUUACAGACGUUGGCGCAGAAGAUCUAGCUGUAAUGCUUCAGAAAAAUCGUACUUUAACUCAUUUACAAUUGCAAGCUAAUGAAAUAGGUAAUCGGGGAAUAGUAUACUUAGCUGAAGCACUUACGAAAUAUAAUACAACUUUGGAACAAUUGGAAUUAGCUGAAAAUAAGUUGGUGAAUGAUUCGAGUGUUGAUUUACUAGUUGAAAUAAUCAAACAUAAUCGAUCGUUGAAAGUUCUCAAUGUUGGACUUUGCACUAUAUCUGAUUCUGGCAAAACCAAACUUAAGGCGGCAACCGAAUCAAGUAAAGAUUUACAGCUUAUACUAUAA